UGCUAUCAGAAAUAAAACAAGAAGAUAAUCGCUAGCAGAUUUGAAUAUUCAGUUUAUAUUUCUGUGUGUUGUUAGACGGUUGAGAAAAAAUGGGAAAACAUAAGAAUAGAACGCAAAAUACGAUCAUAAUUGAAUUUAUGGAAAAAAAUCCAGAUAUCUUAAGAGGGUUUACGAAACACAAUAAACCGACAAUAGAAUCGUUAUGGCAGGAAUCGCUUAAUGCUUCAGGUCCUCCACACAAAGAUGUAAACGGGUGGAAAAAGGUUAUAACUGAGUGGAAGAGCGAAAUCAAAAGAAAAUUAGCUCACAACAAAAUUGAGAGUCGAGCAACAGGAUGUGGCCCAUUUUCUAAAUAUCAGCUCACUCCAACCGAAGAAACUAUUUUGCGUCUUUGUGGCAUUUCUCAAACUAUAGAAGGCAUACCAGGUGUUGCUCUUGGCACCCAACCCGUCAAUGAAAAUUUAAAUAUUACAAUUGCAGGGGUGAAUGUAGAUUUGUCUUCCUCAUCGUCAGAGCAACAAAAUAUAAACUCAAGUUAUAAUGCAUCCAAUAGACAACAAGAUGCCGACGAUAUACCCUCCACGUCACAAGGGCAACCCGAAAUAAAUGCUAGCGUACCUAGAAGGCAAAAAUUCGAGAGUACAGCAGAUCGCUUAAAAAGAUUUUUAGAUGAGGAAGAUAAAAAAAUUGAGAUAUAUUGAAAAAAUUUCAUCAGAUAAUAGAACUGCAAUCUAAAAAUGCUAGCAGCUUGAGGCGUAUAUACCAAGCAAUAAAGAAUAAUAAUAAUUUUUGGUCACAUGUCAAUAAAUUAGAGCUUAAAACUAAUAUGAGGGUUUCGUCAUCUUCACGUGAGAACAGGCUAUUUCCAGAGAUGCUGCUAAAAGUUGGCAAUGGAGAAUUAACCCAAAGUGAGGGAAGGAUUAACCUAGAAAACCUAUGUGUUUUGAUAGACAACAUCCAAGAGUUAGUCAACAAUGUCUAUCCUGACAUUGAUAACAAAAGUUAUAA